CAGAGAUACAGCAGACCAUGGUUUCAUUGGUGCAUCGCCGCAAUGAUUGUCGUAAUAAUCAUCAUCAUGUUGAUCAAAAUUGCAACAUUCUUCCGGUUAAUAGCGGACGCGCGCUUCGAAGUGAACGAGGUCCAUUGCAGAUGCCGGAGAGACCCGCCUGGGAAAUAGAAUGGCAUGCAAGAACUAUUGAACGCAUUAAAGAUUGGAUUAAGCCUAUCCUAUCCGUACCGUUUCAAAUUUGCCAUACUGUUUUCCACGCGUCCAUCAAAAUUCAUGCUUCAGCCGUCCUCAAAGCCAUCACAGUCUUCGCCAUUGCGAUAUUCUUGCUGCUCGCUGGCGGCCAAAAUAUUGGAAUACCAGUGCGCCAGAAUAUUCUACACCUUCUGACAAGAUGGCGGUUUUCAGUAUACGGCUCAUAUCUUCACGAACCUAGCACUGUCCAUCGCCAAAGUCUCAUCGUGUAUGGGCGUCGAACUUUGAUAUUCGAUAUACCACAACCUAACGAACAAGCCACCCAACCCCACUGCUUCCGCCAAUCUGAUAAUUAUUCUUGGUCUCCUGUUGAUCAUCUCCCUGCCGUUUACAGUAUCGACAAUUCUCCUCUUCUUGAUCCUCGUUUGUGCUUCCAGUGGGCCUUCGGCCUAUUUCUGUUAGGCAAUAGGUGGGAGCAGAGGUUUGGAAGGAAUUGGCGUGUUCUGUAUCGCAAAAAGAAGCAGAGGACUACGAAAAGGCGUUACAAGAAGUUAGUUGGGCACGAGUGUAUUGAACAGGAAGGGGCCAUCGUGACAAGAGAGGGACAGGGCCAGCAGGCCACGGAUGAGGUUCAGCUUGAGGAGAUAUUAGAGGUAUGGAGAGAGCCUGACUUUCAAGGAUCUAUCUUCCAUGACAAAAUGGACCGCAGAAGGACCAUGGCAUCCUCUGUACAACAGGCCAAGAAGGCAAGAAAAGGCCUGACACUUGUCAAUCCACCGAAGGCGACCAAACCGUGGAAGCGACGGAGAUUUCGGGACUCGGAAUUCCUCGAUUGGGAUUGAUGUUGUUUUCGUGCGAUGUCAUUCAUUCGUGUGUAAAGUGUGAAUAUUCUACCUGUAGCGUUAGUUUUCUUUACUGGAUCUUGCAUAGAUCCACAGCGAAUUCAUCAGUAUCAUUC